AUGUCGGGGAAGGCGGCCAGCAGCAAUCACACAAGCCAGGGCCAGAGGGCGGUGGAGCAGCUGCGAACAGAAGCCGGGCUGGAGAGAAUGAAGGUCUCCAAGGCAGCCCGUGAGCUGCUGCAGUACUGCCGGGCGCACGCCCAGAGCGACCCGCUGCUGACUGGUGUCCCUGCCUCGGCCAACCCCUUCAAAGACCAGAAAACCUGCAGCAUCCUGUGA